GGUUUGGCUUAAAGGAGCCACGUGAAUAAUCGCAAACACAACAUGGCGGAGUGGAAGCUCGCCUACUAUCUUGACCGUUUUUGAGCGGCUUACGUUUGCAGGAUGGAUAACACACGGGCAAAAGCCCAGUCCCUUGCUAGAACCCUGUGGGAGGUAGCAUCUGCAGAGAAUGCCUCACUGUACCCCAAGGCAAUUAGUGUGCUGCAUGAAAUAUUUGAAGAAAUGAAAGGAAAAGUAAAGCUUAACACCUUCUGUAAGCUUAUACUGGAUUUGAAAAUAUUGACUGUGAUAGAUUCAAUGGUUAACCUGGAUAACAGCUUGCAGUACCACCAAGUAUUUGAUUUGUUAGAUGAGCUAUUCCCAAUAGAGAUGCCCAAACCUGCAUUCAUGAGUACCAAAAACCAUAACAUGUUCAAGUCACACAAUCAUCGCGUUCACACCAUGCUCCUAGACCUGUUAGCUAGCAACGAGGCUCGCAGAUCAUAUAUCAAUGAUUUCCUCAAUUAUGGCCCAUGCAACUGCUCUUCCAAGCUGAUCAAGAAGGAGGUGAAAAGAUUUUUGCUCAGGAUGGAGAAGAAAUUAGGAUGUACUCUUCUUCAUGAUCAGAGUCAUGAUGGACCCGACCAUGAUGAUUGUCCCAGUAACUCUAGUGGGUCAACUGAUUCCACGUCUAUAUGCUCUUCUUCAAGGCAGACAAUCACCAAAAUGUGGAAGCUAGACAUGUGUAGACUAUCAGAUACUUCAGAAAAUGAACUCAAGCCGACCUGUAGUGAAGCCACAGGACAUGAGUCCAUGUUAGUAACAAGUAAAGUAGAUACAACAAAAUAUAAAGAUUCCAGUAUACCAAAUACAGAGUUGAAAGAUAAACCUACAAUUUCUGGUGAGUCAGAUGUUGUUGCUCCAAGAAGAAAACAAACAGCCAGGAAAUCUGCAGGGAGACGUGUUAAAGCUGGGUGCAAUAUUACGGUACAAUCAACACAAGUGGAAAAUGCUGUGACAUAUUGUAUCCAAGGAGCACAGGCUUCUCAGCAUGGAGGUGACAGUGUGAAGUCAUGCAAAGUCAUGCAUCUGGGAAAGAGGGUUUUUGAGGAAGGCACUGUUAGGGGUGAAGAUGGUAGAAAAAGGGUCAAGCUUGAAGAAGGAGAUGACGAGAACACAAACAAGAUCUUCUUUACCGGUUUUAUUUGAGUUGCAUAAGUUUUUUUCAAAUGCUUUAUUAAUUAUUUCUAAAAAUAUCUAGAUGAUAGUUAUAUAAUAAGUGGCCCAUUAAAAUAGCACAUACAACA